GAAGUGCGUGCUUAGCGCGGUGUAAAUACAUACAUACACACACACCCACACAUGCAUAUAAGCCUUUUAGGUGUUGCAGGGAAUUAAUCGUUCUACUUUUAUGCGCAAUCGCAACGAAAGCGCAAUAACCAACGCUGGUUAUAAAUAACGAAUUGAUGUGCAACACGUCAAACAGUUUGUAUAUCGGCGGCAAGGCGUCAAGUGCAUUGUCGUGCAAAGUGGAUUAUUUUUCAAAAUAAACACACAUGCAUAUGUGUGCAACAGUCGGGAACUGAAAACGCGCCAUUCGUUUGGAUUAAACACCCACACACACACACAUAAAGCAAACACCCGCAAGGAUAACAUGGACACGCAGCCCUCAAUUCAGCAGCACCGACAGCAUCGACUUCGACUUCCGCUGCUUUUGCUCUUUUUCCUUUGCUACUUCGCGAGCAGCCAAGCUAAAAGGACCACGCGCCGCCUGCCACGCGAUGAGGUGCACGAAUACGCGAUACAUCAAUACAACUAUGCCGAACGCGACACACAGGAGCCGAGCGGCAGCGUAGCAGAUUUGCAUGCGGAUGAAUCGAAACGCGUUGAAGUGCAAGCGAGACCGCCGAAAGGCAGCAGGACGACCGCAGGCAUGACACGUGAUAAGCGUGGCGCUAAGAAAAUACGACACAUCGUGCAUUUGGUUAACACGGCACAGCAACAGAAGAAGAAGAAACCGUUAACCACAAAUACAAGAAGCAAUAGCCACCAUCAUCGCCAGCAAAAUGCUGUGGAGGAUGAUAGCAAAUCCUUCCACACCUACGAGGAGACGCAUGAGCAUAUUGUGGAGCCUGCACAAGAGCAGGAAUCUGCGCCAAAACCUGCCUUUGCGUCUUCGCCUGGACAUGGAGCUAAGUUAGGACUUAAAUCGUCUACCGCGCAUACGCAAAACGAACCGCUAUCGCAGGCCUCAACGGAUAACUAUGCUACGCAUGCUUUUCUAAAGCCGCCAGAGGAGCCGCACGAGGAACCAGAAAUGAGUAGCACGGAGCAUCAUGAGCAUGAAAUACAACACGAGGAGGAGGAGCAUCACCAUGUGGAGAAGAUUAAGGUGAAGCAUCAUCAUCACCACCAUCAUCAUAAUCAUGUGAAGGAAAUCAUUAAAAAAGUACCAGAACCAUAUCCGGUCGAAAAGAUUGUGCAUGUGCCUGUAGAGAAGAUAGUCGAAAAACUGGUGCAUGUACCCAAACCCUAUCCGGUGGAGAAAAUUAUUGAGAAAAAAGUACCAUAUCCGGUUGAGAAGAUUAUUGAAAAGGUGGUUGAGAAGAAGGUACCUUAUCCGGUCGAGAAAAUAGUGGAGAAAAUCGUGCAUGUACCAGUAGAAAAGAUGGUACAUGUACCACAACCGUAUCCUGUUGAGAAAAUUAUUGAGAAAAAAGUACCAUAUCCGGUUGAGAAGAUUAUUGAAAAGGUGGUUGAGAAGAAGGUACCAUAUCCGGUUGAGAAAAUCGUCGAGAAAAUUGUGCAUGUGCCGGUAGAAAAGAUUGUACAUGUGCCCAAACCGUACCCUGUUGAAAAAAUUAUCGAAAAGAAAGUACCAUAUCCGGUUGAGAAGAUUGUUGAAAAAGUGGUUGAGAAGAAGGUACCAUAUCCGGUUGAAAAAAUUGUCGAGAAAGUUGUGCAUGUACCCAAACCGUAUCCAGUCGAGAAAGUGAUCGAGAAAAUCGUGGAGAAGAAGAUUCAUGUGCCUGUGGAAAAAAUCGUCGAGAAAAUCAUACACAUACCUAAGCCAUUUCCGGUAGAGAAAAUUGUUGAAAAGGUGGUGCAUGUACCGAAACCAUUUCCGGUGAUUAAACACAUACCAUAUCCAGUCGAAGUCAAAGUACCCGUGCACAUCGAGAAGCCGGUGCCAUAUCCAGUGGAGAAGAAAGUGCACGUACCUUAUAGAGUCGAAGUGGAGAAGAAGAUACCAGUACCCUAUAAGGUGGAAGUGGAAAAGAAAGUGCCCAUUUUUAUACACACACCACACGAGCAUCAUGAGCCAUACAAGUUUGAGCAUCACGAGCACGAGCACAAAGAAGAGCAGCACGAGCAGCAUGAGGAGAAACACGAUUUCGAGGAACACCAACAUUUUGAGCACCAUGAGCAUCAUCAUGACCUCUCUGGGUAUCCCACCAAUCAAAAAGCCAACUAUGCUAGGUUACAGCAACAACAACCUAGGCAUAUAGCAAAUGGCGCUAAGGCAGUAUUAGCAAAAGCACAUACACCUGCAGCUGCUGCAGCAAUACGCGCCGAACUACUGCAUCAGCAAGUGCAGAACUUCGGUUAUAAAAUCACCACCAGCGCAACGCCAACGGAUCUUGAACAAUCCUCUUCCGAUAAUAAAUCGCAAGCGAUGCGUUUAGUGCCCACACCCACAGCUAAUAAUUUCGGGUUUAAACAACCAACACCGGCAGCGCCUUCGGAUCUCGAAUCAUCUGCCUCGGAAAACAAACCGGUUGUAGCACAUUUUGAACCAACGUCACUGCCAUUCCGAAUACAUGUAGACGAUGGCGCGACGUCAGCAGAUGGCAGCUCCACAUUAGGCGCGCCAUCAAGCACCAAUGACAUGCAAGCUCAGGCCAGCACGCAUAGCUUCCGCAUGCUAGCGCGUCUUCAACCCAUCGCCUUGCCAGUGCAGGUUUAUCAAUUUCAUUCAAUUCCGUUUCAACAGCCACUCGGCUUCUCACUGCCUGCUCUACGAGCGGCAGUGCCGAGUGGUGGACCCUGAAUAUGGCAGAAAUUAAAUGAAAAACAUGGUUAGUAAGACUGAGCAGACAUAACGCGCAAAAUUGAUUUAAGCCAAUAUUUGUAACAAACUUUUAUACAAUUUACAGUUAUAAGAUAAAAUCUUUAUAUGCAUUUGAAA